GGCGGGCAGAGCCAGUCGGAGCCAGGCCCGUAACCGCCGCGGCAGCCGCCACCUCCACUGCUGCUGCUGCUCUGGCCGGGCCGGAGGGAAGGCUGGAGAACCGACGGGCCGAGCCUGGCCGAAGAAAGGACGGCCUGGGCAGGAGUUGGAGCUGGGGCCAGGGCUGGGGCCAAGGCCGUGGUCGAGGCCAGAGUCAGGGCGCGCUACCCAGCGGCUCGCGCAGAGAGACUGGGACCGUGGCGGGCUAGAUCGACUUUAUCCUACUCCUUCUUCCCUCCUUCCGACAGCCGAGAGCUCGGGGCAGCCAAGGUUAAAAGAUCAAGAAACCUAGGUAAAAUGGAGUCGCGUCUUGAAAUAGAGACCCCCGACCAAAAUCUAAUGGGAAAGAGAAGAGUUCUCCUUACCUGGGAAGGUGCUGCGAAAUGCCGAUAUGAACUUACAAACACGUGGGCGCCAUUAUGUCAGAUGCCAGCUCCGGAAACAGCUCGUGGGUCGCUCUUACCCGGAUCUUCUUCUACAUGUGAGGCUGAGCUCCAGGAAUUAAUGGAACAGAUUGACAUCAUGGUAAGCAACAAAAAAAUGGAUUGGGAAAGAAAAAUGCGGGCUUUGGAGACAAGGUUGGAUCUUCGAGAUCAAGAACUGGCAAAUGCACAAAACUGUUUGGAUCAAAAAGGUCAAGAGGUCGGGUUACUUCGACAGAAGUUGGACAGCCUAGAAAAAUGUAACUACGUAAUGACUCAGAACUAUGAAGGGCAACUUCAAAACCUUAAAUCUCAAUUUUCUAAACUGACAAAUAGCUUUGAAAAGCUGAGAUUGCAUCAAAUGAAACAAUGUGGAACUCAUAAAAAAGAUGAAAUUCCAUUUGAAUUGAGCAACAUAAACCAAAAAUUAGAGGAAUUUAGAGCAAAAUCAAGAGAAUGGGACAAGCAAGAAAUACUAUAUGAGAACCAUCUUGUUUCUGUAGAUGCCCAACAAAAAUUAUUAUCUGAGAAGUGUAAUCAAUUUCAGAAACAGGCACAAAGUUACCAAUCUCAACUAAAUGGGAAGAAGCAGUGCUUGGAAGAUGGCAGUCUUAACAACCCUGAAAUUGCUCGGUUGACCUGCGAACCAGAUAUUAAUAAUGAUACUGUUGAAAGAGAUGAAUUCAUUAUUGAAAAACUGAAGUCAGCUGUGAGUGAAAUAGCAAUAAGCAGGAAUAAAUUACAAGAUGAAAAUCAGAAGCUCCUUCAAGAACUGAAAAUGUACCAAAGACAAUGCCAGACCAUGGAAGCAGGACUUUCAGAAGUGAAAAAUGAAUUACAGUCCCGUGAUGAUCUCUUGAGAAUUAUAGAAAUGGAACGAUUACAGUUGCAUAGAGAAUUAUUGAAAAUAGGAGAGUACCAAAAUUUUCAAGAUAAUCAAAAAAGGAUUGAGCCAUCCUUUUCACAUAUCAUCAAAGAAUCAGAAAGAAAAAGGAAAGAGCUGUUCCCCUUGACACCUGACCAGACAAAUCAGGAAAAGGAAUUGAAUAAGAUGAGAAACCAUCUUUAUCCAGAAGAACAGCCCCCCAGUUCUGAGCAUGAAAGAAUGAGGAGUGAAAUCUCUGACCUGACAGAAGAGCUUCAUCAGAAGGAGAUCACUAUAGCAACUGUCAUGAAGAAAGCUGCUCUUCUGGAAAAACAGUUAAAAAUGGAAUUAGAGAUAAAAGAAAAAAUGUUAGCCAAACAACAGUUGUCAGAUAUGAGAUAUAAAGCUGUCAGAUCUGAAAAUACACAUCUGAAAGGAAUGAUGGGAGAUUUGGAGCCUGGAAGAUACCUGACAAGUGACGUUACUGAUUCCAAGGUUGGGGAAGGGUAAGAGUGAGGAAGAGAAUUUGAAACUGAAAAUAAAAUAAAACUGAAUUUUUAAAAAUACAUAGUCAAUCUUCUUUUGUAUGAUGUUAUACUUGAAUUAUCUAGCAUCAUCCUAUAUUCUCUUCUUAACAAAGCUAACAUUUACAUAGAGCCUUAGGGUUUUCAAAGCAUUUUUCAUAUAUUUCAUUUGAUACAAUGGCCUUUAUGAGGAAGAUACUCAUACUCAUUUUAUAGAUUAGGAAGUGAAAGCUAACAGAAAUUGUGAUUUGUGCAGUAUCACUUAACUAUUAGGCAAGAUCCAAAAACAAAUCCCCUAGAUUCCAUAUCCAAGGGGCCAUCUGACUUCAAUAUGACUCAACCACAUUGAAGAGAAUAUCCCUGCCCCAUUGUAAAUUACAAGAUCACCAGCUGAUCUCCAUUGACCUUAACUAAGCAUCUUGCAUCUGUAAGACUUGACCAAAGCCUUUCUUAAAGAAAAUCUUAUUUAUAAGGUUAAGGCUUCUUUUUAGUUUGCAUAUUUCUGUCCUCUUUUGUUUCUUAGUUCUGGGUCCUGUUUUCCAAUGUAUUUUUGCCAUCUAUCCCAUGCUCAUUUUGCAUGAAAGUCACUGAAUAAUUAAAGUAUGAUUUAAUAUAUAGGCUUAUUGCAUCACAGUAUCAUAGCUUUAGAACUAGAAUGAAUUCUUUGAGGAAUAUCUCUGCUUCCUCAUCCUCUGCCUCAGAUAUUGGUGCAUAAGCUGCUGUUAUUUUCAUCAUGGUCUAUUUUACUUAUGCUUACUAUGAGUACUACAAAAUGAGAUGAUUGUGUAUCCUAGGAAAUAAGGUCUUUAGCUGCCUUUGACCAAAGAGUAAAAUCUAAGACUUGUAGUUUCUUUAUUUGCCUCUCCAAAGAGAAUCUAUGAGCCAUUAUUCUAUUUACCUGCAAAUUAUGUGUAUAUACACAUACACAUAUAUAUUUGGGUUACUUUUAUUGCAAAAAUGUGAAUAUUAAUGUGAUUCAACCUCCCAGUAUUAUAAUUCACUUCUUAGUUAUUAGAUGAGAAUCUCAUCUAUUUUAGUGUACCAAUAGCUAAAUGAGCGUUUUUAGCUUAAAAAUUAUAUUAUUCUUAACAACUUCUCUAUCCCAUCCCACCUCCAUGUCAACAUUAUUGCAGGGGAUUAAAGACCAUUAAAUUAAAUUAAAUUAAAUUAAAUUAAAUUAAAUUAAAUUAGAUUAAAGAUUUCCUUGUUUCCUGAAUUGCCACAGCCAGUCUACUAAUGAUGAAACUUCUCAAUACUUGGCUAGGCUGGUCCUCAAGCAGCAGAUAAUUAGUUGCUAGAACCUUCCAAAGCUCAUGUUCUACUUGUAGAGCCAUCACAAACACAAGAUAACUUCCAUGCCACAGUGAGCCUCCAGAAUAGGACUUUUGGAAGGGUUUUGAUUCAUAAAUUAUGUAAACAACUAUAGUACUUAUCAGAUUUACAAAUGAUAAAAAGCUAGGGGUGGGUGGGAAUAAUAGCUAAUACAUUGGAUGACAAUUAGGAUUCUCAAAGGUCUUGAUAGCUUAGAGUCUGGGACUAAAUAUAAAUGAGUGGAAUUAUAUAGAGAUAAAUGUAAAGUCUUACACUUGGGUUAAAGAAAUCAACUUUACAAGUACUAACUUGAUGUAUUAUUGGAUAGUAGUUUAACAGAAGAUCUAGAGAUUUGAAUGACCUGCAGGUUCAACAUGAGUGAACAUAUGACAUGGAAGUCAAAAAAGCUAAUGACAUCUUGAAGGGCUGCAUUGAGACCAUAGCUUCUAGGAAUAAUGAGAACAUAGAGAGAGCAUUGUGUUCAUGCUACUGAGUUCCACAUUUUAAGAAGCACAUCAGAAAUCUGGAUGGCAACCAGAAUGAUCAAAGGCUUCAAGUUCAGGCCUUUUGAGGACUAGUUAAAGGAACUGGAGAUGUUUUUUAGUCUGGAGAAGAGAAGUCUUAGAGGGACAUGGUAGGUGUCUUCAAGUAUUCAAAGCACAGUCAUUUGGAAAAGGGAUGAGACUUGUUCUGCUUGGCCCCAGAGGGCAGAACUAGAAACUAUCCAAAAAAGUAAUGGACUGCUUCAGGGGCUACUGAGCUCCUCCUCAGUGAUGACCAUCAAGCAAAGGUGGAGGGGAUUCUUUUUCAGUUAUAGAUUGUUUUGGAUAGCCUCUGAAGUGCCUUAUCCCUCUGAGACUCUGCAAUACAUGCAUUUCCUGUCUUACCCUUUCUGGUUUUGCUUAGCACCAUUUAUGAAUACUGAAAAAAAACUCUGAUUUUUAGUAAUCACAAUCAUUAAUUCACUGUCAUCUUCAUUCUUAAUUACCAUAAUGAAGACUAAGUCAAAGAACCACAGAUUAAAAAAAUAAUUAUAGACAAAGCUUUUUCUUGCAAUUGAACAGCAGAUUAAAAGGUACUAUAUAAUUUAAUAUUGGUGGACACCUUAUUGAAAGUAUAAUUACUAGACUUUUGCAAAGGCAUUCUCAAAUCGUAUCUUUCAAUAUAAUUUUGUGACAAGAAAUUUUGCCCUAUUUUAAAAGUGAAAAGUAAGAAAUAUUGUGCUGGUCCCAUCAGUUGACAGCAUUGCCACUUUAAGAAAUAAAAAAUGAGUGCAUCCAGCAAACAAAAAUUCUAUGUAAAAAAGAACAAAAGGCAUACUGAGUCUUAGCCAAAAAAAUCAGUUUAAAUUGAUGUUCGCAUUUUCUAGGUUUCCUUGACCCUUCUCUUGUUCUGACACCUCUCUUGACCCAGCUUCUGCUAUCAUCUACAUUUUCUCAUCGAUUCAAGGGACAAUUUAAACUCUGCCAUUUAUUUCCUGUAUGAAUUUAAGUCACUUUAGCAAUGUUCCUAUAAAAUUUUAUUAAUUUUAUAUUUAGAAAAGUCUUAUAGUCCCACCUUUGUUUCUUAUUUUAGUAUGCUGUUUUUCCCUUUGGUUCUCCUCUUCUUGACAUUCUAUCAAUAAUUUGACUGUUCGUACUUUGUUAGUUGACUCAUCCCUAUACCUAGUGUCCCAAGACUUCAACAUUUAAUUCUUACUAGUUCAAGACCAAGGUAUUGAACACAAGUAUGAAAGAUAACCAAUCACUGAACUCCUAAAAUCUUGAUUCUCACAAUUAGGAAUAAUACUUUUAGUGAAAUUUCCUUUCUAUUGGAAAAACCAUUUCCUAAGCAUGGAAGUAUAUGAACUCCCCCAAAUUAUUCAUUUUUCAGAAAAGUUUCACCUCAAAGAGAGAACUCUCAAGGCUAAUUUACUAUAGAAAACUAAUUAAGAAUUUUCUGAAUGCCUGCAAGAAGUUACUCAUUAUAUUACAAUUAUAAUAGUAGAGUCUAAGGCCUCUAUGAUAAAAAAAAAUUGAAAAAUAUAAAAUAUUAGAUUGAAUAUAUUUUAGUGGCAUUUUUCGUGAUGUUGCUUCUCAAUUGACAAUACUUAGAUGUGCAUAGAGACAAACCAAAUGUGUAAAUCAAAAUAGAUUUUUCUACAUUCACUGGACCUCCCUGAGUAUCACUAUUUCUGUUGGAUCCCAAUAAACUAGAUGUUCUCUCCUUGAUUUCCAAACCUUCUAGCACUUCAUCUGUAUUGCUCCACUAUCUCUAAUCAUAUUUCUAGCUGAUUUCAUAGCUAUUUGUUUACAUAUAUACUCCUAUUUUAUUUCAUAGUUGUUCAGAUCAGGAAUGAUCAUUGUUUUUCAUGUUUUUAAUCACCUUAAUUCUAUCACAUGUAUUCAGUACUUAACAACUGAUGAAUUAAAGUUGAGUCCUGGCUCUGCUCUCUACUACUUGUUUGAUCUUGAGCAAAUCAUUUAAUUUUUCCAGGCCUGAGUUCUUCAUCUGUAAAAUGAGAGAUUGGAAUUGAUGCUCCUGAAGCCCCUUCACAUACCAGUGAUAAUCUAAGAUUCUCAACGUUUUUGUUUUGAAUUGGUUCUCGAGGUUUAUACUUAGGUGAAGGAUUUUCUUGACUAGUGCUUCUCAAAAUAUUCCCAAGAUCCUUUCAGGGCCUGGUCCAUGAAGUCAAAACUACUUUCAUUAUAAUUAUAAUUAAAAUUGUAUUUUGGUAAAUAUCAUUAAUCCACAUAAAAACUUCUUGAGGUACUGAGACUAAAAACAUUGAGAACUGAUGGUCUAAACACCACCUAUACUUAGGAAAUUUCACACAAAAAGGGGUUGAAGAAAUUCAUGCCUCAUUGUUCAAACCAAUCUUUAAAUCUUUCUUAAAUGAAUCAUUUCUUUACUUUAGACAGGAUUAUGAGAGCCUAUAGCUUCUACAAAGGACUUCUUUAUUUACAUUCUACUAAAAUAGAAGCCCUCAUGAAAGUCCCUAAGCAUUAUGUUAAGGUAUCUAGAAUUAAAUAGAAACAGAUGUUAGGGCUACAAUGAGCAGUGUGUCAUAAUGGAGAAGUUGCUAAACUGGGAACCCAGAAAGCAACUCUAGCUAACUACAUCAUCUUGGGCAAAUCACUUAACAUCCCUGGGCCUCAGUUUCUAUAUAUAGAAAAUGAGGGAGAUUGAAUUGAAUUAUUUCUAAAGUUUCUUUCCAACUUCAACAUUCUAUUAAACUUCAGGCAUUUCAUAAUGAGAAUUUUUUCAUAUGUGUAUUAAUGAAUAUGCAGCAUGAAAACAUUAAAAUUCAUCUUAUCUCAUUAGAAAUCCUGAGAACUAUAUGAAUACGUUAAAUAUUUACUGUUAACAUACAUUUAAUAAGCCAGCUGAUCAAGAAAUAUUUAUUGAGCUCCUACUAUAUUCUAGGUAUUUUGCUAGGAAUACAAAAACAAAAAGUUUAACAGUGCUUGAUCACCAAGAAUUUACAUUCUUACAUCUACAUGAAUAGAUCUAUAUGAAAAAAAGAUACAAAUGAUUUGUGGAAGGAAGAGAUUCUAGCAGUUUCCUAUAGAAGAUGGAACUUCAGUAGAGUUAGGAGAAUUAUGGAUUCUAAGAUACAAUAUAAGGAGAUAUUUUCAAGCAUGGGGGGCUAUGUGAAGGAUGAGGCUGAAUAUGUAGAACUGGAACUGGUCUACACAGAGGGGUUAGUUAAAUCCAUGGGAGGAAAUGAGGUCAUCUAGAGAAAGGGUGUAGAAAGAGAAGUGGACUCGGGACAGAGCUUUUGGGACACACACAGUUAGUGGGCAUAAAUAUGCUUGAUGAACCAGAAAGGAAAUAGAAAAUGAAGUCAGAUGUAUAGGAGGAAAACCAAGAGAAAGCAGGGUCAAUAAAACUCAAAGAAGAGAGAAUAUAGAGGAGAACAGAAGGUUGGUAACAGUAUCAAAUGCUGCAGAAAGGUCAAGAAGAAUGAGGGUUGAAAAAAAGCCAACAGCUUUUUGGCAGUUAAGAAAUCAUUGGUAACUUUAGAAUAGCUUGAGUGAUGACAGAAACCAGACUGCAAAAGACUGAAAAGUGAGAGAAGGGAGUUGGCUGUACAUAGGUAACAAAUAUAGAUAACUUUUUUUCUAGAAGUUUGUUUUAUAAAGACAGGAAGUUAGCUUGAGACAGGGGUAUGCUAGAGCCAUCUCUAAAUCGUCACAAAUCAAGGCUUGGUUUAUUGGUUUGUUUAUUAUCUAGACUUUUAAAAAAUGUUAUUAAUGAAGAUUAUACUUAAAAGUUGCAUGAGUAUCCCUCCUCUCCCAGAGAGCCUGGUGUUAAAUUUAACAGCAUAUCUCUAUUUUUUAAAAACAAUGCCUGAAUUCAGCAAGAGUGUAGCACAAAGCUCAGAGAAAAGUCAUCAUCAGACUAGAGACCUGAAAACUACAGAUGAAUAAUAAUAAUGAUGAUGAUAGCAACAACCACCAGAACUGAUAUCGUUUUUACAGAAUGCUUUAUAUCCAUUAACUCAUUGGAGCCUCACAAUAUCCCUGGCUUGCACAGAUAAUAAGGUGAAGUGAGAGUUUUGUAGGGGUGGUGAAGACUUACACCUGCUUGUAGAGAGCAAAGAAAGAAGUAAUAGAUGAGGAAAGGAUCAAAGGGAUGAUUCUGUGGACACUGUGCAGAGAAUAUUGGAGACGAAGAGAGCAAGAGUACAUUGUAAGGGUUGGUCUUGGCAAGAAGGGCCACCUGUUCAUUUGAGAUGGUUGUUCUUGCUUUUCUUUGUAGUGUAUAAAUUGAGGUGUUUUGGUUGUAGUGUUAGGAGAAGGAGUGCUAUGGAAUAGCUGGGUUAGAAUCAAUUAGGGAGGAGCAAAAGGUUUAUCUUGUUGCAUGGAGGACCAAGUAGAAGUUAGAUAACAUAAUUUUACAACUAACUAUCCACCAGAUUUUCUGUGCCCAUCACUCUUAUGCUAUGUGAAUUUAUAUAGCAAAGGAACAUUCAACAGGCAACCGUUGUACUCUGUUAUUCAUAUACACUGUGGGGAAAUGGGGAAUGAAAUUUUCAGAUGGUAUGCAAGAGUAAAAUCACCUAACAUAUUUAACUAACUUCACAGAAAAUAUGUACUACUCAUAAAAAAAUCAUCUAAUAUUUUAUUUCCCUCCACAGAAUGUAGAUUACUGUAACAAAGAACAUGCAAGGUAUACAGCUUCUAUUAACAAAUUGGAGUAUGAGAAUGAAA